AUGAAGCUCAUUGACAAAGAAGGCAAAGCAAGCCCAAAUUCAAAUGGAUUGAUUGGGGCAACAAAUGGUGUGUUCCAAGCUGGAGCUUUCUUCGGUAUUCUUCUUGGGAGUUGGAUUAUGGACAGGUUUGGCCGAAGAAUGGGAGUAGUUUAUGGUUCCGUUCUAUGCAUUGUUGGUGGAGCUGUCGCGUGCGCCUCUCAAAAUAUUGGAAUGUUCAUCGCAUUCCGAUUCUUCAUUGGUGCUGGGUCCUGGGCGUUCAUGGCACUGAUCUACACGUCGGAAUUGUCACCUCCUCAGCUGCGAGGAUUCUUCGUGGGAAUGAACGGUAUUGGGAUUUGCCUGGGAUACGGUCUUGCCAUGUACAUGGGCUUGGCUUUUAACUCUGCCCAUAACGAAUCCACGCAGUGGCGAGGCCCACUUGGGCUAGCCCUCAUCUUCCCGGUGUUCAUGCUCCUACUUUUGUUUAUCCUUCCUGAGUCCCCACGCUGGCUCCUGAUGAACGGCCGUACGGAUGAAGCCCGAACGAUCAUAAUGGAUCUGCAUCGAGUCGGUGACAGUCCCAACCAAGAGUAUGCGCAGGGGGAGUUCUACCAGAUGAAAAUGCAGAGCGAGCAGGAUCGUGCUUUGGAGCCAUCGUGGAAAGAACUGUUCACAAGAGCGUCAUAUCGGAAAAGAGUUGUUCUUGCCUGUGCUUAUGCCUUUAUCGGGCAAAGUACAGCCGCUCUAGUGGUUAACAAUUAUGGGCCGACGUUCUACUCCGCCUUGGGCUAUGGCACUCUCGACCAGCUGAAGCUCCAAUGCGGGUGGAUGACGGUGGGAAUUGUCUUUAACGGACUUGGUGCGGCAACAAUGGACAGAUUAGGUCGUAGGCCUCUGAUGAUAGGCAGUGUUGCCCUCUGCUCUGUCUUCCUCAUCAUUGAAGCCGUAAUUGUUGCCAACUACGCAUCACCCAUUCCAGAGAACCCAAACAAGGCAGGACUUGCAAUGGGUGUGGCGGCAUUCUACCUCUUUGAGGCCGUAUACAGCAUAGGAGUUGACGUCUGCGGUGUUGUGUACUACAGCGAGCUUUUCCCGAACCAUAUGCGGUCCAAAGGAGUGUCGCUGGCAGUCGCAACUAUCGCAAUCACAGACUUGGUAUACACGCAAGUAACGGCAACUGCAUUUGCCAAUGUUGGCUGGAAAUUCUUUUUGGUCUUUAUUGUUGUUGCCAGUCUGGGAGUGAUCUACCUCAUCAUAUACCUUCCUGAGACCAAAGGGGUGCCGUUAGAAGAGAUGGCCGCAAUAUUUGGAGAUGAUGAGCACGUGGCUGUGUUCAUAUCGGAUGUUCAAGUCAACCAUGACCUGGUGUAUGAUGAUCGCCACCUUCAUCUUGGGGUACAGGCCCUGGAGUUGGAAUCAUCGGCAGAGGGCAAGCCGGAGGCUUCUAAGGUGGAAGACAAAGACGAUCCAAAGUAA